UCAUGGGCCGACUCUGCAUCGGUGGAGGCGUCGUCCACGCCACACGUGCGGCCUCGCUUGAGGAAGUCGUCGCUUGACGGUGCGGAUGUGCUCGAGCAGAGAGGUCACGGAGGGGUCCAACCGGGCGUUGAGCUCAUCGAGGUCAUAGAAGGGGUCCAGGCCAAGCAGCCCUCUGUCGCCCCCGCCCAGCCCGUCGGAGCUGCGCGCGUUAGCGAUGGCGAUGCGCUCGAUGAUCAGACGAGAGGGAGCAGGAAAGUGAGACACUCGCAU